AAGUGCAAUUUUAUCGGUAUCUUUCGAGUAUUUUAUUUAAAAAAAAUUGAUAAAAAGAAUGUGUUCUGGUACAUUGUGCACCGUAUCCUGUCAGACUUUUGUGGAGUCUAGUCCAAAGCCAAAGGAAAAUAGUUUAGAUAAGGUCAGCUUUAAGAAAGAUUUCUCGUCCACGGAGUUUAUUGAUAAUUUACUUACCAAAGGGUCAUAUGUCGCCUGUGAUGAAACAUCCAAAAAUUUUAAUCAAGAGGAGUUACCCCCUUAUUACGAUGAAGAAAUGUACAAGAGAGGACAAGAUUACUUCCACAAAAAUAUAUUUGGUAUGCUUCUGGGAAACUUGCUAGGUCUUUUAGCUGGUCUGGCGCUUCAACCUAGCUUAGCCAUAUUAAUACUUACAAAAAUGUCUAGUUCUGACCUGACGGCCUACAAGCGAUAUCUCGCCACUAUUUUCCAUAUGAUGAUUUGGUAUGAUGAGGAUUUUAGGCCUGGAUCAAAACUUUGGGAGUCCAUAAAAGACGUAAAAUCAAAACACGAUUCAGCCAGUAAAAAAUCAGCAAAGAUGCUUGGAUAUCGAAUAAACCAAAAAGACAUGGCGCUUACUCAAUUUGGUUUUAUGGGUCUUAUACUAACCAGGAAUCGAUUUUUGGGAGUGUAUGACGUAAACGAGGAAGAGCUGAAGUGUUUUGUUCAUGUUUGGAGGGUUAUUGGGUACGUCUUGGGAAUUAAAGAUGAGUUUAACAUAUGCAGAGAGUCGGUGGAUGAGACACGGGCCAUCUGUAAUGAAAUAAUUUCCAAGGUUAUUCUGCCAGAAGUAGAAAAACGACAUGCUAAUACAUGGGAAAUGUGCUCUUAUUUAACAAAUGGCUUAAAAGCUUUUAAUCCCUUUCUUAAUCUUAAUGCUUUUAUGUUUUAUUUAGAGGUUAGUCUAAAAAACAGCCGGUCAUCAAUCAGCUUUGCUAAUCAGGAUUUUAAAAAGUUAACUUUUGGCGAAAAAUUUAAGAUUUAUGUGAUACUAAUUGUGAUUUAUUUGUUGCGAUUUUCAUUUAUUAGGAAUUCUUUAAAUAGGCUAGAAAGAUAUGCCCUCGCGGAAGCGAAAAAAGGAAACUUCAUUGCCAGAAAAAAGUGGGGAGAGCAACAUGCCAAAGUUAACAUUAUAGGACAACACUGAAAUUAAAGAAAAAAUAUUUUUAUGAAGAAAACAAUAUUUUUUUGGAAUAAAUGUAGAAAAAAAAAUUUAAGUUUUUUCCGAAAGGUAUUUAAGUAUAUGUAGGGGACCAAUAGAUAAAUAAAACUAUAAAGUUUAUUAAACUAUAAAGUUUAAGUAGAAUUUUCAAAGAUAAUCUCUUAUAUAUAUAUAUGAACAAAAACACUCUCCCUUGAGCAUGGUAAUAGAAUACAAAAAUAUUAGAAAUAAUGAGGAUUGGUAAAUAAGAAGAGUAAAAAUAAGAAGAAUAUCAGAGAGGUUUGGUCAGUAAAUGGUAAAUUGCUGUUACGUAUUACUGCUCGUCAGCCUCAUCACCAUGAUAACCCAAGAACAGAGUCAUAAGAAAUACCGGGUGGAAGAGGACGAUGUAAAUAAAAGGAGAAAAGUUAUGAUGUACUUUACCUGGACACUCAACCAAAUAUGUUAACGUCGGGUCAGCUAGGAUUUUUCUACGUUUAUGUUAGGUACAUAUUAAAAAGUAAGCAAUAUAAAAAUGUAUAUUAAAACCCACACAUUAAUAUCGAAAAUUAUACAUUACAAAACAUAUGAAGUUCUCAUGGAUGUGUGGGUUACCUAGCGAGAAGAAAUCUUGCUGGGUAUGGACCAUACUACGCAAAUUUAUAUAAUGUGCGAUAUUUUAAUAUACCCAAUUGAAUCUAAUCUGACUUUUAGAAACAUGAUAUACAACGCUAGAUACAAUGAUAUGCAACCUUAUAAAAUAUAAAUUUUUUCACCACA